UUUUACGUUGGCCUGGUGCUUCGUUAACUUAAACAUUUAACAUUCCAUUUCCCAGCAAAAUUUUAAAGAGUUGCACAGUGCUUUAUUCGGAUAUAUUUUGGCAUUCGAGGUGCAAGUUGCUAACCAGUCGGAGAUCGGAGAUCGCAGAUGGAAGACGCGCGUGUGGCAGAGGACGUGGCGGUGGCCAAUCCGACGAACCAAACACUUACCCGACCGAUCCAAAUUCCAGUUCCUAUUUCCAUGCCGGCAUACCCUUUAGCAUCCGCCCCAGCGAAUGCUCCAGUCAUCGACGGCCGCCAGUCAGGUGGUCACACAAAGGCUGCAAUGUUGCCCACCCGCAGCCAUGGUAUGCACAGCUCAAAGUUAUCCGCAGUGAAGGCCUCCUCGUCGCCAACCCGCCGGACACCCUCGCUUCCGAGCCGAGCGUGCGUGCUCCAGAAUGAGAUGUGCGAGGUGCGGGACGCUCUGCGAUCCCAGCCCCAUGCGUGCGAUAUACGAUUGCUGAUCUUUGCAACCGCCGCUAGUGAGGAGGGUUACGAACACACUCUAAUUCCAGUGCCUCCCCAGUUCAAGGCUGCCGCCGGUUCCGGGUGCGAUGUGCAGCGACUGCGGAUCGCUAUAUCGGACAACUGGCCCAGCUGCCGGCUGAUGCUGGAGAUCCUUAGCGCCGACGAGCAUUACGCCGCCUUGGAAACGGAUGACGUGGAUGCCUUUCACCUGCUGCACUGGCUCCUCGUGACCAGUCCUACGUGCCCCACGCUGCGCCGUGUUUCGGGCCUCCAUUUGCGCUGUUUGUGCCGCGUCCUUGGCCUGGCCCGUCCCACCCAACCCCCCGGCCAGGUGAUGAGCAUCUGCUACGAGCGCGGCGGCACUCCGGUCCAGCGGGGGGAAAUCGAGCGUACCAAUUCCCGGCAAAGGGCCAGUUUCGCAUACCUAGGACUGCCAUUUAACCAGGUCUACCGUUUCCUGGCCACCGGCCGCUUCGAAAGCACGGCCGGCGAGCCCGUCCGCCUCUACGCCCAGCCGGAGUCGGCCCUGGUCCACUGCUACGAUCCGUCGCCCCAGCAGUUCCGUAGCCCCACUCCGGCUCCUGCUCCUUCUCCCGCUUCAGAAGCCAAUAAGGACGAACAGCAGGAUGAGAACACUAACAACACGAGCACUAAAGAGAAGGAUAAGGACACGCACAAGACUAAGGAUAAAAGCAAAUACCAGAACAAGAAGGGAAAGGCGCUAUCAGCCCAGGCCAACGAUGAGGACUCCUUCCUCUGCUGGCCACACUCGAUCCUGACCGAAGCCCAGCAGGCACUGAUCAUCUGCCAGUUGCCCACUGAGCUGGACGAGUCCAUUGCACACUCACCAGAGAAGCACUUCCUAGAAUACUUCGUCCAGGAUGCAGCCAGCCUAAGACCCUGCUACAUACUGCUCUACGACGAACAGGUGGCCGCCGAGAUGAUGCUCUCCUGGCCGGGACGCCGUGUGGAGCCGGAGACCUCGGGUCCCUCUCUGUUGGAGCGGUCCCGCGACCGGCUCAUGGGCUGGGCUCGAUUUGUGGGUGCACGAUUCGGUGCCAUCAAGCGGCUUAUUGCCGCCUUUUAGCGAACUUGAUUCCCCGAAUCCUGAUCGAGUUUACACAAAAUACACAUACCAUACAACAUUAUCUAUCUAUCCGAGAUCCUUCC